AUGAAAAUUGGACUCCCUAUAAGCCCUGUUGGUCACCUCUUUGCAUUUACAUGUGUUUUGUUACCUGCGUACAUUACCAGAUUAUUACUGUUAUUUUUCAGGACAAACACAAACAACUCGGAGCUUGGUGACCGUCCAGGUGUUCUAAAGAAACGCUUGGGUCUACAUCAUCAUUCCUUGGUUGAUAAGACACAGUGCUUUAGCAGUAAUGAAAGUUUAGGAGCUCCAAUACCAAGUAUUGGAGGAGGAAGAACCAGAAAGUUAUCCAGCAGUGUGUCGGAUACAUCAGGGCCUCCCAGUAAAGAGGUCAAAUUUAUGAAGACAGGACACGAUCUGCAAGUCCGAGAUGAGCGAGUAGUUUUGAUAUCAUCCCACAAGAUACCUUUCCACAUCUUUUCCUCACUACCAUACAACAAAUCUAAGCUGGGAGGACGAAAUGACCAUCAUGGAAGAGGUGAAAGUGGUAGGCGACGUCAUCCAUCGGGGAACCGACCCCUCUCCACUAUCAGUGACAGCGUAGAUCCUGCUUAUAUUCUGGGAUUAGAUCGUUCUGAUGAAGUUGGGGAGGUGUCAUACAGUGAACUUCUGGUUCCAUCUCGGAGUUUCUUCUGCAAGCCUCGACGUCAGCAGUCAGAGCACAUAGAACUUGGUGACCCAACGGAGCGCUGCAUGCAUCCAGGAGUUGCUAGGUGUUUUAGCUAUGAACCAGCAACACAUAAGGCCACUGCACAUUAUAUUCCACACUCACCUCAUGGACAUUAUGACAAAGGUGUGGUGUCUGGCUCUUCUACCAUGGCCGGCUCUUUGACCUUGUUGAGAGCAUUAGAGACGGGUGAACACAUGAGUAGAAAGGGUUGUGCUUGUGAUUUGGAAGAAUGGCGUUGCCCAACUGUUGGUCAUGCCGCAAGUAUGCAGUAUGUGCCAAAUAUGCUCGACGAUCCUGAGUUACGGGCUGGCAAGCACCGCAAAUUGCUACGGUUUCCAUCCUAUAUGACAUCUGUUAUGGAUUACACUAAACCUUCAGAAUUGAAAAAGGAGUUGAAUGACAAGUUCCGUGGAAAAUUUCCUCACAUACAGUUAACUUUAAGUAAAUUACGAAGUUUAAAACGUGAAAUGCUGAAGAUCGCCAGGCAAGACUGUGACAUAGACCUCCUCACAGUGGCACAAGCUUAUGUUUACUUUGAGCGGCUGAUACUCAAGACCAUUGUAAACAAGCAGAAUCGGAAGUUGAUUGCUGGCGCCUGUCUCAUUCUCUCGGCCAAGAUGAAUGAUGUCAAAGGAGAGACUUUGAGUAAUCUCAUUGAGAAAACGGAGAGCACCUUCAGGCUGAACCGACGUGACCUCACCCAGUGGGAAUUUGCAGCUCUCGUGGCCCUUGAAUUUGGGCUCCACCUCCCUACUUGGCACGUGAAUCCACACUAUCAACGGCUGCUGUUUGAGUCUUGACGAAAACACCGUGACGUCAACUAUUCGUAUACUUUGUGAUGAUCUGCUAGAAAGUGUCGUACCAUUAGCGGGUGGUGGAAAAACUAUGGCUGGGCUUUGUAUAGCACUCGAAGGUAUAUAGUUUUUGGGAUUUGUUCGCUCCUGUUGUUUCCUUCUUCUUUUCCUUUAAUUCGAGUGUAUGCUGAUUAAUGGUAGAGGAGAUUAAUUUGUUUUUAUGUUGAUAAUAAUAUGAUUUAUCCUUGCUGUUAUUAUUAUUAUUAUUAUUUUCUGAUUAGCUUAUAAUUAUUUUUAUAGAUAUUACAUUAUUUCUUAUAUCAUUAUACUUGUUAUCCUCAUUUUGAACAAUUUCUUGUAUUUCUUUCCUGUUAUUAUAUAAUAAUUAUCACCAUCAGCAUUUGUAUCAAUUAUUUGUAUUAUUCUAUUUAUUCUUAAGGAAGACUUGAAAGUAAAAUUACACAGUUUUAAUCCAACAUGAAAAACAUGCAUGUGCGUUGGAAGCAUUUUGUUCACCAUAUGCUUAGGCAAUGUAAGUCUAAUAUUCAGAUUAAUUAGAGUGUGGGACAAUUGUCCUUUGAUUUAUAUGCAUGCAGUUUCUAGCUGCUAUUAAUUUACUGGAAAAAUUUUAAAUGCAAUACUAGAAGCCAUUUUUACAAGCUCAGUUUUACUGCUUGCCAAUGAAGCCACAUUGAUCUCUUCAAGGGAUAAUCAUUUAAGAAAAUAUAUUUAAAGGCAUUUAGCAUUAGUUUGCCUGAUAUCCACCAAGACAUGGUCUAUUGAUGAGUGUAAUGGUAGUGAAGAUAAUUUUCAUCCCUUGCAAUUAUAGUAUUUACAUUCCUAAAUGUGCAGGUCAGAUUUUGUGCUGUCAAUCUCAUGUUACCAUUAUGUAUAGCCAGUAAAACUUAACAAUCAAAAGAUUUACAAUCUGUGUUGUUGAUAGGAAGACUUCUCACCGAAUGUAGCAAACAAUCACAAUUUCAGCAGCGGGGUUAUUCUGAGCAUGAUUAAGGGGGGGAUGUGUUGAGGCGGAGGACUUGCUUUUCCAUGUGGAGAUGUUCUAUCUUCUGCUGGAAAGUGGGGUUGGUAUGAGGCUUAAAGUUUACAGCUAUUGAAUAAUACAUUUAAGGAUAUUUUUGUAUUAUGGCUGUUUAACCAGCUGUGUUGUGUUUUGGAUUAAGAUUUUGCUGUGAUUAUAAUACAAGUAGAUCUGCUGGUAAGAUGUAAUUAUAUUUUUUGAAGAUUGAAUUCUUUAGCCAGCACUAUAUAGCUCAGAAGAGCUUCAAAUAAAUUAGAUUGGAUAUAUAUAUAUUUUCAAGGGAUGUAAACUUAAUUUUACCAAUGGUGUCAGGCAGGGCCUUCAAGCAGCAGAAAUAGGAUUUGGAUAGUAAAAAUUUGAUGCACUUUAUAAGUGUAUAUUAUAGAUAUUCUUUGAAAGUCCAUGUCUGCUGUGCUGCUAGGUACGAGGGCUUUUUAAUUAACUGUAAAAAGAUAUUUUUGAAAAAAUGUAUAUAGGUUUCUCCACAGGUGUAAAUGAAAGAUAUUUUCAGUUGUCAGUGUUGCCUGUUCAGGAAAAUGGAAUCUGUAAAAUGAAACAUGAAAUGUUCUAUCUUCUUGAUUUCAAACAUGAUAAUUGAACUUGAACAUCACAUGAAGGUUGUCUAUGUAUAAUUUGGAAGAAUCUUUGCAGUCGUUGAAUAAUGGGUUUGGUCUUUCCAGUAUGGUAUGUUGAUUUGGAUGAAUUAGCUUUUCUGUCUAACUUUGUGUAAGAAUAUGACAGUUCUAUUUUGUAUCACUGCAUUGGUAUUUAUUAUUUAUUUUUUUUUAUUAUUUCUUAUUGAAUGCAAGAACACAUUUCUUGAAUAGAUUUCAUUUGGAAGCUUCUCAUCAUGAAAAUUUUAAGUUAUCUCAUUCACUGUAUUCUGUCUUUGUAUUUAUCUGCAUUAAUAUGCAGUCAUACGUGAGUGAGUGACGUUAACUGAAUAUUUGUCAUUUUCUCUUUGAGAGGAAUGCUAAGUAUUGUGUAAUGAACUGCUUGUAACUUUGUUUUUAACUGUAUGAACAGAAUGGAAUAUGAUAUGUAUAUGUAUAUUCAUGCAUUGAGUUUUUAUUGCACUGCUGUAUUUAUUAUUCUGUAUUUUUUGUCAUAUAUAUAAUAUAAAGAUAUAUUAGAAUUAAUAGUUGUGUACAACUCACAGCUUUUUUCCUCAAUAUUUUAUACUUCUUGUCUAUGUCAGGACCUUGCAUUUAUGAAAGUUGUACCUAACAAAUAGUACAACUUGGGAUGACGAUUUUCCUUUCGACAAAAUAUCAUUCUGCUUGUUAUUUUUAUUGAGCAGGUUUAUGCAUUGAAAUGUACAAGGUAACAAAAAGUGUCAGUAUGUUAAAAAUGCUACAAUGUUCAUUUUGCAUUUUGUCAAGCUGCCGUAGUAGUCAUUUGGUAAUCAUUUUUUGGUCACUUUCAUUACUGCUUGAGCUACAGAUUAAAAUAGGUAGUAUAAGAAAAUAGAUAGAUAAAAGCAAGCCACACUUUCAUUUCUUUAGAUAUGUGCACAGAAAUAUAGCUGUUUUAUUGAAGGCAGGUUGGAGGCCAUAGAAGUUGUUUCUCAAGCAAUAUAAGCACAUUGCACUGCCAGUUGCAUUAUUGAUAUAUUUUUUUGUGUUGUAUCAUUAUGGCUGACGACUCCUCUUCAAGAAAACAGGUUAUUUCACUCUAAAUCUGCGGUUUAAUGUAAGAAAGUCUUAUUUUCGUACUGAGUAACUAAAUAUCUGUCACUUGUUGUAUGUUGAUGUUUGGCUUGUAACUAGGGUGAUUUAUGCAACGUAAUUCAAAUGGAACUCUUUUUGUGAAUUGUUUUCCACCCGAAUUUUGAAAUUAGAAAGAGUAAAAGAGUAUUUUUAUUAAAUAUUGUCGCCCUCUGUCUAUGGUAGAAACAUAAAAGUAGAAAAUGGUCAUGGUAUAUGUGCUGUUAUUAAUGUUACGGAACCUUUUUCCCCCAAGGAGUGAUAUAAGAUAGUAAAGAAGUUUUACUUGAAUUAUUAUGCUACUUAGUACCAUGUGUUGUUCUAAAGGCAACUUCAUGUUUCUAGUCUUUAUUAGUCUAUUCAAAUUGGUGUUUAGUGUGACUCCAAGAAGUGAGGCUGUAUUUAAGUGCAUAGAAAGUAUUAGUAUUAUCCUGUUUUUGUUCUUUAUUUGUUGUAAUUGUUGAAAUUAAGAAUUCUAAUUUAGGUCCCAAGAAUGUUGUGUAAAUGGGUAGAUAGGUCUGGCCUUUAUCCACACCUUUGUAGAUUUUUCUGAAGAAUAAGAAUGUAAUGAUUUCACUGAGGUGUAGUGAGUUGGUCCCAGCCUUGUGUUACCCUUUAUCAUGAGGUGGAUUCAUGGUACAGAUGUAUUUGAUUUUUUUUCUUGUUUUUUUUUUUGUGAUAUUUCAUGUUGCUGUAGAAUUAAGUGUCCUCUGUAUAAGAUAAGUUUGGUCUUGCAUCUUACUCUUUGAGUCAGCGGUGUUUGAUAAUUUCUUGAAGUUUCUUUUAAUUCUCCUCAUCUUUCACUUACUUCUUUACCUCCUCUUCCUUUGUCUCCAUCCUUCUCUUCUUACUUUUCAUCCUUUCCUUACUCCUUCCUCCUCCUCCUCUUCUUUCUCCUUUUCCUCCCUCUCUUCCUU